CGCGGAGAUCAGGACAGGACGGGGGUCAGGAUGUCGGAGGCCGAGUGCAAGCAGUGGAUCCUGGACACCAUCGACUCGCUGCGGUGCCGGAAGGCUCGGCCGGACCUGGAGCGGAUCUGUAAGAUGGUGCAGCGGAGGCACGGGCUGGCCCCGAGCCGCACCCGGCGGCAGCUGGAGCGGCUGCUGAAAUCCCGCACCGUGCUGCGGGUCAGCUACAAGGGCUCGCACUCGUACCGCAACGCCGCUAAAUGGCAGGCGGGCCAGGCGGAGCCCGAGCCCGAGCGGGAGCGGGAGGAGCCCCAGCCCCAGCCCCAGCCCCGCACCGUGCUGACCCGAGCCCGGCUCAGGGGGGUCCGGGAGCAGCAGGUGAGCCGGGCCGGCAGCAGGAAGCAGCGGCCGGCGGAGCGGAGCAGCCCCGCCAGCAGGAGGAGGAUCCCGGAGCCCGGAACCGGCACCGAGCGCAAGAAGACCAGGAGAUCGAAAGGAGCUGACCCAUCAGGCGAUGAAGGAAGUGAUGAAGAAGCUCCACCAGAGGACCAGGAAUCCGCAAGCCAAACCCUGAGGGAGGCACGGAAUGGCGUGGAGUCUGUCGCUGAUUGUGUGAGUGAGGACUGUGAUACUGAAGAGAGUCCCAUCAAACCGCCUGCCACCGAAGGUCGCCCAACUGAAGAUGUUGUCGAGGAACUCCCCACUGACAAGCAGGUUGAAGCAUCUUCAGCUGUGAAGCACAGCCCUUCACCUUGUUGCAGUGUUGAUGCCGAGAUGAAGCUUGACGUUGAGGCUCUUAAGACUGUGCAGGAGCGACUCUCUCCAGAUAACGCAGGGAAUGUUGGUUCAUCUGAAAAGUCAACCCCUAUGGAGGAGGGCUGCAGUGAAGAAUGCUCCCAGGAACCUUGCGCCAAUCAAGGGGGGGUUGAAUCUGAGGUGGGGCCAAAUGAUCAACAGGAACCUGCACUCUGUGAUUCCAGUGAGAUGUCCCACGAUAUGGAGAAUAAACCCCAUGAAGAAUCUGAUUCCCUAACCUGCCAGCAGCCAGGAGCCAAAGCAACCGAAGAUACGUCGCUGCUCAAAGACUGCAACCCCAGCAACGCGGACAGCUUCUUGGACACUAUGCUGCUAGGCCAGAUUCCUGCAGCCAAUCCAAGCCCAAAACUUGAAGCAGUUGAGACAGCAGCAGGGUUGAGCUCUGACCCCAGAGACUUAGUUCCUGAGGUUGGUGGAGCCUCGUGUCUUCUUACCCCAUCAGCAUCUCCAAUAGACAUGGUCCCUGAAGAGAACGGCCCCACAGACAGACACCUCCUGGAAGAGAAUGGGAAGUCUGUUGAUCCAACUGAAUGGAGCAUCGCUGAUGUGGUGAAUUAUUUUAAGGAGGCAGGAUUCCCAGAGCAGGCUAGUGCUUUUGAGGAUCAGGAGAUUGAUGGCAAGUCCCUGCUCCUAAUGAAGAGGAACGACGUUCUGACGGGACUGGCAAUUAAACUGGGCCCCGCACUAAAGAUAUACGAGUAUCAUAUCAAGGUGCUGCAGUUACAUCAUUUUAACAAUGAGGCGCCCUCAUGCUGAUGGAUGCCUGUCAUUGGUAGCAGAUUAUGUGUCCUGUACACCCAGCUUCUACCUGCACGCGCUCCACUGCAGCCUCACUUUAAUAUGUUCCCAAAUUAAAUUCAUUCGAUUUUUAAAGGGAAAGGAGGAACGCCGGCAGGAAUAAGACGUUUAUUUAACAUACUCUAUGCCUGGGGCAGUGAGUGGGUUUAUAUAAAGCAGGGCUUGGGGAGUGUUGAAGCCUUCCUAUCACUGUCUGACCCACACUAUACUUGAAUCUCCCUUUUCUAUGGCGUGGCUGAGCUCCCCAGUGCUGGGUUUAUUCCAGGAUCUUGUCACCUUGCUGACAGGAAGAAAUGGCCCUGCUGACUGGCUCUGAUGUGUGUGCGUGUGCGCCGUUUUGCAAUGGGUGACGUACUGUUCAAACAUAGAGGAAGGGGCUUUCUGCAAAACCUGCCCUUCAUCCUGUUUGACAGCACACGAGUGCACAAAAAAGCACACUUAGAGGGACUGUGCUGUUCUCUUGCCCUCAUCCCAAGGAUUGGAAACUGAGAAGCAAAAUCAUUAAAGCCCAAAAGAAGCGGGAAGCGACUAAGCAAUAAGUACUGAACAGAAUGAGCAUCUUCCUACAGUCAGGCGGGAGCUGAUAGUCCAAUUGAAGCUUCCCAAUAAAGGGAAUCCCCUUCAGAAUGAACACACAAUCUUUUUGUUGGACCCAUAAAUUAUGGUGCAGUUAGAUUUGUUGUAAACAUUAUCUCCAUGCUCUAUCCUUUUACAAUUACACCCACUUAAGUUAAUCACUUUGGAGUUUUGCAUCAAGCUGUACAGUUGUUACUGGUGCUAGAAGUGUGUCUCGUAUAUUUUUAAAGUUUUGAUUAUAUUAGAUAUGAUCAGUAUGUUCCAAAAUGCAAUGAAAGCCUUAAAUUGAAAUUUUGUGAGCUGGGGUUAUGACUGCUUGCUCACACUUGCAGGAUUUUGUGUGUUGGCAAAUGAAUCUGCAGAACUUAAAGAAAUAUGUAUUUAAACCUGGCCUCUGUUUACACUUCCUGUUAACUUUUUCUUUUAUAAAUCCCAUUUCGGAAUUUGUAUGGAAUUUUGGAUGUGUAAACUUGUCAUACAACUACGUCCACCUGUGUUGCAGCAUCACCACCAGUAUGGGGAUGUAACUACAAUGUGACGUGUUUACAUAGGCGGUUUCCAUCAUAAAUAUGGGCAGAGGAAUUUAUAAGGGAAAUAUCAAAAUUAGGGCAGAAUGUAUUCCUUUAUAAUGGGGAUGAGCUACUUCCGUGUGCUCUAAUCCAGUUACUCCCCCGCUCAGUCUGAAACUACACUUGGCCUGACUCUCCAUUUGCAACAUCACAGGACAUUGGUUAGUAUCUAUAACCAACCUCUUGGGUUAUCAAAUGGACGGAGCUUAACGCUGUGUUGCUCAGUGAAGCUGAUAGAUUUAGCCAAUCCCUUGCUUUUCAGGAUUCAUUUCCUGUUAAUUUUUUGGGACAUUUUAAAUUUUAAAAUACGCCUUAACAAAAUUUGACUGCAAAACUGGCUUGUGUUCCCGUGCAGGAUCCUGAAAGUUUUCGCCAUGGGUUCAGAUGCUCAGUUGAAAAUGUGGCACUUUUUCUUAAGCUUUUCUGUUUAGUAAACUUUUGAGUUAAACAUUUCUUCCUGUGACCUUCCACUGGUUUCCCCUAUCAGUUUUUCCACAAGUUUCAGCUUAUAGUUUAGCUUCCACUUGCAGUCCGGUAGGAUCCCCUUGAAGGGUUCUGUUACCUGCCGCACUGGUUCGUUUGCGUGCCUGAGGACUUGGUUUGAAAAUGACUAAACCGGAAGGUGCCUUUGCUGGUCAGCACUUGUAAAAGCUGAGGAUUACAGGGUAUUUUGUCAUGUUAAAUUUAAGCGGUUACCAUUCAUCAUCCGAACCAUGUGAGAAACACUUCUUUGAAGAAAUAAAAACUGGGUCCCGAUUAGUGGUGUUAGUGCUGCAAGUUACCUUGCAAUUCGAUUGUAGAAUUCAUGGAAUAAGUUGGGAUGGAAAUGGGGAAGAACUGGAUCUGAGAGUAUUCACACUGGUUUUGGGAAGACACCACUUAGCAUCUUUACUGCAGCUGUGCAAACUAGAUGCAGUUCAAACACUGUGCCAUUGUGCAACAUGUGAAGACCUGACAUACCUUAUACAACUUGUGGCUAACCUAGGAGUUGACUUGUUGGUAGGUUCGUUUGGCUACAUAGUGCACCUAACACUUCAUUAGCCCACUGUGUUCCCAAACUGACUUUGGAACAGGAGGAGCCCGUUCGUUAGAUCGUGGCUGACCUGUAACUUAACCCCAUCAACCUACCUUGGUCCCAUAUCCCUUAAUAGCCUCAACCAACUUAAUCUUAUCGAUCUCAGUUUUGAAAUUUUCACGACCCCCAUGAGCCUUUUGAGGGUUAGGGUUCCAGACUUCCACUACCCUUUUGAAGAAUUGCUUCUUAACCUCAUUGCUCUACGACCUGACUCUAAUGUUAACAAAGUCCCUUAUUCUAGAUCACCGCCCACCAGAAAGUGGUCAUGCCACUCCAAUGAGGACAAUGUGGCCCUUCGUUACAGCCCAGGCUGGGGGUCUGGGGGAGGUGCUGGGGGGGAUAUAAAAAGAGGUUAAUUUGAAAAAUCUUGCACAUGUGUUAGGAAUUGCUGCAAGGGAAAGAAACUUAAAAGUUCUGUCCACUAGUUUUCUGAAGUUAUCCUUCUGCAUUACGUCCUUGACCAGCUGGAGAAUGAUCAGCCUUCCUUUUGCACUCCACGUGUGCUGUGCUGUUUUCAGAAUUGUGUCUCUCAGUCAGUUGUCGUACUUGAAUUCCUGUGGUAGCAGGGCUCUAUUCCAGGUGCUGAGACAAGUGUGUCUUUUUGUGCUGAGUUUCAUUGCUCAAGAGUGCUGCAGACCAGCAGUAAGGUGCAAGCCUGUGCAAUGGACUUUCAUGUGGUGCAAAAUGCUACGUGCCACACCGAUAGGGAUGGUGCGGGACAAUCGGCUGCUGCCGUUCCCUUUGAGUGGGGUGGCAUUCCAUGCUGAUGCUGAGACAUUGAGCCCUGCAAACAGCAGCUGUCAAUGCGCUUUACAGAAUCUUUUGUGUGUUUAUAUUUGUGUGAUUUUAUAAUAAAGGAGUAACUAAAAGCCAUGUGUUUUGAAUGGAAUGCACAAAACGGAUAGUGUGAAUUUUUAGAGCUUAUUCUUGCUAAAUGAGACGCUGUUAAGCAAUAAACAACAAUAUUGAAAUGAGAAGUGUUUAAUAAACUUGAUUCAAAAUG